CAAGGACGCCCCAAGGGCGCCCGCGGUUCCCGGGAAAGGAGACCCGCGGCGGCCAUGGCCUCCUCCAAACCCCUGUCCCGCUUUUGGGAGUGGGGCAGGAACAUCGUCUGCGUGGGGCGCAACUACGCCGAGCACGCCAAGGAGAUGGGGAGCACGCUGCCCCGGGAGCCCCUCUUCUUCCUCAAGCCCUCCUCGGCCUACGUGCGCGAAGGCUCUCCCAUCCUCCGGCCCUACUACUGCAACAACCUGCACCACGAAGUGGAGCUGGGGGUGGUGAUCGGGAAGAGAGCCCAGGCCGUGUCCCAGGAGGCCGCCAUGGAGCACGUGGCGGGCUAUGCCCUCUGCUUGGACAUGACGGCCAGGGACACCCAGGAGGAGUGUAAAAAGAAGGGUCUGCCCUGGACCUUGGCCAAGGGCUUCAGUUCGUCAUGCCCGGUCAGUGACUUUGUGCCCAAGGAGAAGAUCCCAGACCCUCACAAGCUGAAGAUCUGGCUCAAAGUGAACGGGAAGCUGAGGCAGGAGGGGGAGACCUCCUCCAUGAUCUUCUCCAUCCCUUAUCUGAUCAGCUACAUCAGUGAAAUAUUCACCCUGGAAGAAGGGGACUUGAUUCUGACGGGGUCUCCCAAAGGAGUUGGGUCUGUGCAGGCCAACGAUGAGAUAGAGGCUGGGAUAAGCGACGUCCUCUCCAUGCGGUUUAAGGUGGCGCAGCAAACGCGUGGAUCCUGACCGGGAGCCUGGCUGGGACCCUGUCUGCGUAGGAAGAGGCUCUUUUGGGAACAUCUGGUGAACGAAGAGACACGCAAGCUGUCCUGUACGUUAAACACUUACAUGGGCUAAACAUCUAAUGGGCUGUCACGCAUCGAAGACACGUAACCCAUGAGCUCGAAAAGCAUCUGACUAAAACAGCCCCGUUGUUUCCAUGGAGGCUUCAGCCUCCUCUGAGGCUGUGAACCUGGACUCCAACCCAGCUUAGGGCAAAUGGUUAAUACCUAAACUGUACCUUGGAACCGUCGAUGGAGAUGGUGUGCCGGACAGCUGGGGAGGGGAGUUGGGCUGGCUGUCACUGUGUGUGCUCUUCUCUUCUACUUAUGCUUUGAGCUUUGCCAAUGUAUUGCCUUAAAAUAAAAAUAAAAGAAUUAAAUCAUUACAAUGGUGAUGUAGGAGCUAAAGCUCACCCAUGCUAUAUAAAAUCAAAGAUGUAUGUGUAACAGUAAAUGAAGAAUUACACCUUCAGAAAGAAUUUCUCUCCUUGGGGUACUCGACAAUAAAAAGAUGUUUGCUUUUUAGAUUAGUUUCACAAUUCCUCCGUGCAUUUUUGAAAUGUACAAAUUAAAUGAGGAUUGCUUUCCCUCCCACUCCAAGGGGUGUAAUGCAGCAGGAAGUGUGCCAGAUGCUUGGCAGAUUUUUUUUCCUAAACUGAGCUUUAAAUACACUUCUAAAAGUAAAAUAAUACAAAAGAUCAAGAAUAAAGAAGC